UCGCACGCGCGGUCACCAGUCUCGAGAAGCGAUCCUUCCGGCCUGGAAUCAUGGCUGUCUGAUGUCUGCAGCCAUACAAGCUCUUGGGAGUGGGGAUUGAGUGACUCUGAAAUUGGAGAGCGAUUGAGUCCGUUCUCCCCGUGCCGCGGAGGUCAUGCUCUCCUCCGCCUUUGGUUUCCCCCACCUCUCUUCUCCAACCUCACCCAGUCAAUUCUCACAUUGUUUGGACUGGGCCCCUCAGAGGCUGGAAUUAGAAUGGAGACUAUUUCCAGAAUAUCCUCGAUGCUGGAAACAGCUCGAGAGCUCACCCUAGAAGCCGCCCAGUCCGCUGCAAGCAAUCGCAGCUCGAAUAUCGACUAUAGCUCGCGUACAUACAGCGUGCCACAUAUCAAGAAGCUUCUGGACAGUCGCCAUGAGCGGGAGGUGCUGGAUGGGAUGCGGAGGGUCAUUUCGUUGAUGUACCGCUCCGAACCUUCUCUUACGUUCUUCUCCGCCGUGGUCAAGAAUGCUGCCAGCGCCAACCUCGAAGUCAAAAAAUUGGUUUACAUUUACCUCGUUCACCAUGCGGAGGCCGAGCCGGACCUGGCGUUGCUAUCCAUCAACGCGAUCCAGAAGUCCCUGACGGACCAGAAUCCUCAAGUACGAACACUGGCUUUGCGAACUAUGUCGGGUAUUCGAGUUCCGGUCAUCAGCCAGAUCGUCUCGUUAGCUAUCAAGCGAGGAUGCGGCGAUAUGAGCCCACAUGUACGGAAGGCAGCAGCGUUAGCUAUUCCCAAAUGCUAUCGUUUGGACCCGAAUACGCUGCCACAGUUGACAGGAUGUAUUUCCACUCUACUUGGAGACCCUCAAUAUUUUGUCGUGGGCCCCGCGGUCUCUGCGUUUUUGGAAGUCUGUCCGGAUCAAAUCGACUUGAUCCACAAGCAUUACCGCAGCCUGGUCAAGAAGCUGGUCGAUAUGGAUGAAUGGGGUCAACUUGCGACCCUGCGUCUCUUGACCGUCUACGCACGAAAAUGUUUCCCCCGCCGGACCCAGAAGAUCAAACAAGCCGUCACCACAAAAUCAUUCUACGAUGAUGAUGAUGAUGAUGCUCAUGACACGAACGACCAGGGUGACGGACCCGAGUACGAAGUCCCGAUCCUUGAUCAGGAUCUCGAGCUUCUUCUACGGGCAUGCAAGCUACUGCUGCAAAAUCGCAAUUCUGCCGUCAUUGUCAGCGUCGUCCGUUGUUUCUUCUAUCUCGGAACGCCCGAAUAUCUCAAUUCGGCCAUCGGCCCCCUGGUGGCACUUCUCAGAAGUCCCCAGGAUAUGCAACUCAUCGCUCUAUAUAACAUUGUGACAGUUGCUCUGAGGGAUCCCAAGCCGUUUACUAAGUAUAUUGCCCGCUUCCUGGUUCAUGCGAAUGAUCCACCGCACAUCUGGCGUUUGAAGCUGGAAAUCUUGACCAUCAUCUUCCCCUACUGCGGAAAGCAUUGGAAGGGUGUCGUUAUUAGUGAACUGGAGCAUUUCUCCAAAGGCACCGACCCUGAACUAGUUCGAGAGAGCGUGCGGGCCAUUGGACGCUGUGCCCAAGGAGAUGCCUCCACUGCAGAUAUGUGUCUGCGUAUUCUUCUCAACCAGAUCUCUAGUUUGGAUGGUAAUCUGGUGUCCGAGUCUCUGACAGUGAUCCGCCACCUGAUUCAGCAAGACCCGUCCACGCAUAAACAGACUGUCAUGAGACUCGUCACGCAUCUUGGCACAACGACCAACCCUGACGCUCGAGCUACUAUUAUCUGGCUGGUGGGAGAAUUUGCAGGUGCGGAUCCAGGACAUAACAUUGCACCCGAUGUGCUCCGUAUCCUGAUCCAGGGAUUCGCCGACGAGACCGAGGUUGUCAAGCAGCAGAUUGUGCUUCUCGGAGCCAAAGUGUAUCUUCACCAUCUUCUUCAAACCUCCCCUCCGGAAUCAUCAGAGCCUGUCUCCUCCAACCCAGAGACUGCAACCAACCUGGGACAGGCAAUCCACAACGAGUGGACAGAGGAACAAAAUGAGGAAAGAAAGGUCUCAGAUGAGCUUCAACAACCCGAGGAUGCCAAGGAAGAAAGCGAAGACCGCAUUACUCUUCUUUGGCGCUACAUCCUACUCCUUGCACGCUACGAUACCUCAUACGACCUCCGCGAUCGCGCCCGUUUGUAUAAGGCGCUUUUGGCCACCCCGUCGUCUACGCAGUUAGCCAACCUGCUACUCCUCGCUCCUAAGCCUGUCCCGCACGCCCCGAGCCCCUCCGAAACACGCAAAGACCUAAUCCUCGGCACCGCCACACUGGUCGUUGGCCAAGAUGCCGGUUACCAUGGCCUUCGAGGUUAUUCUAAUCUUCCCGAUUGGGUAGAGUCAGGCAAAGAGCCCGACUCUAACCUUAGAACCGAAGAUGUCAAGCCAGAGUCGACAACCCUCCAGAGCGCUAUGACUGCCGGCGCGCGACUUGACAAGGCGCUCCGCGAACACGAGAACAUCGCGCCGCCCCGGCGAGAUGGCACCUCAGCGGCAGGAGGGCCAUCUGGCAAGAAGACUUUAGACCAGUGGCUCGAUGAGGAGGAGGAAGAGACCGAAUCUGAAUCUGAGACUGAGGGGGAGACUGACUCAGAGGAGGAAACCGACUCUGAAGAGGACUCUGAGGAUGAGGAUGAUGAGGACUCGGAAGAAGAGGAAACUGAUUCCGAGACCGAAGCGGUGCAUAUGGAGGCUCAGCAGCUGCUUGGUUAG